CACGCUGCACGCCUCACUAUCACACGACCUCUGCUCCGACCUGCAGAGGAUGCCAUCGCCAUGGCAAGCGCCACGCGAACGCGCACCAACACAGCCGCCGCCGCCCUCCUCUACGCGCUCACGUUCCGGCUCCUGACGCGCGCGUCAUCCACCGCGGUCACCGUCUCUCCACCACCGGCAGCCGCCGCCGCCGCCGAAGCCCACGCGCUGCUGCGGUGGAAGUCCACUCUGCCGCGGUCCAGCUUCACCAGCGCCCCGCUCUCCUCGUGGUCGCCCGCGACCCCCGCGUGCACCACGUGGGCCGGCGUCGCGUGCGGCGAGGAUGGCCGCGUCGCCGAGGUCGCGCUCCCCGGCGCGGGCAUCGCGGGCACGCUCGCGGCCCUCGACCUCGCCGCGCUCCCGGCGCUCGCGGGCCUCAACCUUAGCGGCAACCGCCUCGCGGGCGCCAUCCCGGCCAGCGUCUCCGGGCUGGCGUCGCUCGUCUCGCUCGACCUGUCCGGCAACGCGCUCACCGGCGGCAUCCCCGGAGCGGCGCUCGCAGCGCUGCCGGCCCUGCGGGUCCUCGUGCUGCGCAACAACUCGCUCGGCGGCGCCAUCCCGGCGUCUCUCGGCGGGCUGCGGACGCUGGAGCGCCUGGACCUGCAGGCCACGGGGCUGGUAUCCACGCUGCCGCCGGAGAUGGGAGGCAUGGCGAGCCUCAGCUUCUUGGACCUCUCCAGUAACAACCUCUCCGGCGGGCUGCCGCCGGAGAUGGGAGGCAUGGCGAGCCUCAGCUUCUUGGACCUCUCCAGUAACAACCUCUCCGGCGGGCUGCCGCCGGAGAUGGGAGGCAUGACGAGCCUCAGCUUCUUGGACCUCUCCAGUAACAACCUCUCCGGCGGGCUGCCGCCGGAGAUGGGAGGCAUGACGAGCCUCAGCUUCUUGGACCUCUCCAGUAACAACCUCUCCGGCGGGCUGCCGCCGGAGAUGGGAGGCAUGGCGAGCCUCAGCUUCUUGGACCUCUCCAGUAACAACCUCUCCGGCGGGCUGCCGCCGGAGAUGGGAGGCAUGGCGAGCCUCAGCUUCUUGUACCUCUACAGAAACAACCUCUCCGGCGGGCUGCCGCCGUCCUUCGCUGGGAUGAGCAAGAUGAAGGAAUUGUACUUGGCGAGAAACAGGCUCUCGGGCACGAUUCCACCUGAGAUUUUCAAGAGCUGGCCGGACCUAACCCUGCUCUACCUGCACUACAACUCCUUCACGGGAACCAUCCCAGCAGAGAUUGGAGAGGCGAAGAAGCUGCGGCGGCUAUCACUUUGGAGCAACAACCUCACCGGAGUCAUCCCAAAGGAGACCAGCGGCUUGCCGAGCCUGCUGAUGCUGCACCUGGGAAAGAAUUGCCUCACUGGGCCGAUUGCCCCUUCUUUGGGGAACCUGACUCAGCUUGUGAUCCUGGUUUUGUCCUUUAACAACCUCACAGGCAUGGUCCCUGCUGAGAUCGGCAGUCUGACAGCACUGCAAGAACUUGACCUUAUCAGCAACCAGUUGGAAGGUGAGUUGCCUCCUACCGUGUCAUUGCUCAAAGUUCUUUCCUAUCUUUCCUUGGCGAGUAACAACUUCGUCGGCACUGUCCCGAACUUUGCUAGUCAGAAAUUGGUCUGUGCUGAAUUGAAUGGUAACAAAUUCUCUGGAGGCUUCCCUCUGUCAUUCUGCCAGUCGACUUCGUUGGAAAUCCUGGACCUAUCUAGCAACCAACUUUCUGGUCAGCUCCCUAGCUGCAUAUGGGACUUGCAGGAUCUUAGGUUCAUGGAUUUGUCCAACAAUGCUCUUUCAGGGGAUGUACUGGCUUCCGCAAACUCUAAUUUAUCGUUGGAGUCAUUGCAUUUGGCAAAUAACAGAUUCACAGGUGGCUUCCCAUCAAUAAUUCAGUACUUGAAGAUGCUAUCUGUCCUGGACCUUGGUGGUAACAAUUUUUCCGGCGCAAUUCCAUCAUGGAUAGGUUCAAGGUUACCUUUGCUAAGAUUUCUUCUACUGCAGUCGAACAUGUUCAAUGGCAGCAUCCCUUUGCAGCUGCUACAGCUCUCUCAUCUCCAGCUGCUGGACCUGGCUAGCAACAAUUUUGAAGGUCACAUACCAUGUGGUCUCACCAACUUAACAUCCAUGAUCCGACCACAGACUGAAUUCAACAUGAUGUUGGCAGUGCCCUAUCAACUUUUAUAUCUAGAAGCUGAUGUAAAUUAUGCCGAUCGAGUUGAUGUGAACUGGAAGAUGCAGACUUAUGAAUUUCAAGGGGCAAUCGCGCUGAUGACUGGUAUCGAUUUGUCAGGCAAUUCUAUCAAUGGUGAAAUCCCAACUGAAUUAACGAAUCUUCAAGGCCUUCGAUUGCUGAACCUGUCAAGAAACCAUCUAUCUGGUACUAUUCCAGCGAAUAUUGGUGAUUUAAAACUUUUGGAGUCCCUUGAUCUCUCAUGGAAUGAACUAUCUGGUCAUAUUCCUUCAGGCUUCUCGGCACUGGUAUCUCUUAGUUCGUUAAAUCUCUCUAACAAUAUGCUCUCAGGUGAAAUACCAACUGGUAAUCAACUCGACACAUUAGCCGACCCUUCAAUUUACAGCAACAACUUUGGGCUUUGUGGCUUUGCAAUGAGCAUACCAUGUUCCACUGGUUCAAGUAUACAACCGUUGGACCCCAAUAAAGAAUUUGAAGGUGUCUAUGUCUACUACUCGAUAAUUGCUGGAGUUGUGUUUGGGAUGUGGUUGUGGUUCGGAUCAUUAGUUUUCUUCGCUCCAUGGAGAAUUUCAUUUUUCUACUAUGUCGAUUUCACUCAGAGAAAGCUUAUGAGAUAAAUCUUUAAAGUCUGUUGUUGUUGUAAAAUUAAGUAAGGAUGCGUGCGAUACUAUUUUUCUUAUCAUCUACCUUUCUCUUUUCAAUUUA